AUGAACGGCCAUUUUGCGGCAGUCGGCAACGGGCCGACUGCUCAACAGUAUGAGCACGGCAUCCAGGUCAUUGACGAAGACAAAGCAUUCAACACGAAUCUCAAUGACUACCUCGGCGAGACCCGCGUCGCCGAGGCUGGCUUCAAUUACCAUCUGAUCUCCGUUUUCGGGUCGCAGUCGACCGGCAAGUCGACCUUGCUUAACCACCUGUUCAAGACCGAGUUCAGCGUCAUGUCCGAGUCGGCCCGCCGCCAGACGACCAAAGGAAUAUGGAUGUCGAAAAACAAACGCGCCGGCGCAAACGGGGAUGCCGCCACAAUGGCUGACAACAUCUUGGUCAUGGAUGUCGAAGGUACCGACGGUCGCGAGCGUGGCGAGGACCAAGACUUUGAGCGGAAGAGCGCGUUGUUUGCCCUGGCCACGAGCGAGGUUCUGAUCGUCAACAUCUGGGAACAUCAGAUUGGCCUGUACCAGGGCGCAAACAUGGGUCUGCUCAAGACCGUGUUUGAGGUCAACCUGCAAUUGUUUUUGAAGGACAGGCAGUCGCAGACAAGGUCCCUCCUCUUCUUCGUCAUUCGCGACCACGUUGGCAACACUCCCUUGGCCAACCUACGCGACACCCUGGUCCAGGACUUGACCAAGAUCUGGUCGACUCUUUCCAAGCCCCAGGGGCUUGAGGACUCCAAGAUUGAAGAUUACUUCGACUUCGCUUUCGCCGCGCUCCCGCACAAGAUCCUCCAGCCCGAAAAGUUUUUGGAGGAGGCCGACAAGCUAAGCACCCGCUUUACGACCGGCCACCGCUCCGCCAAAGACCAGGAAUUCGUCGGAGGUGUCUUCCUGCCCGAGUACCACAGGAGAAUCCCGGCCGACGGCUUAUCCGUUUACGCCGAAGGCGUGUGGGACCAGAUUGUCAACAACAAGGACCUCGACCUUCCCACCCAACAGGAACUCCUCGCCCAGUUCCGCUGCGACGAGAUCUCGCGCGAAGUUUUCGUCGGAUUUGAUUCCGUCAUCGUCCCCCUCGAGGAGCAGCAAGCCGAAGCCACCCGUCUCGGCAAAGCCACCGUUCUACCCGACCUUGGCGUCACCGGCGCCGGCACCAGGGAGAAGUGUGUCAAGGCGUUUGAGACGCAGGCUAGCAGAUACCAUAAGGGCGUCUACAGCGUGAAGCGCGGCGAACUGGAGAGCAAGAUUGACGCGCGCCUCAAGGCGCUGUACCAGACACAGCUCUCGGCAGCCCACAAGUCCGGCGUGGCGGCUUUCAGCGACGCUGUCACCAAUGCGGUGAAGGCGGGCCAAAAGGCAGGUGGAUACGAGUUCGCCGAGAUUGUCGACAAGCAAAAGAAGAAGACGCUCGAAUUCUUCAAGAAGGAGGCUCAAAGCCUGUUGAUCCAAGGCGUCGCGUGGACCAACUUCAAGCCGCAGUACCGGCUGUUUGAGAAAGAGCUGGACGAGGUCAGCGCACGCCUGCGCAAGGAGGAGAUGAGACGGUUGGCCAUUCGGGUCGAGAGAUGGGUCAAGUCUCGUCUCGGCGAUUCUAUCGGUGUCGAAUUCAACAAGCUCGGGUCUGGUAGGGGCGGAUCUGGAGCGCCCGAAAACGGCGAAAAGCCAGCCACAGAGAAGGAUCUCUGGGACCGUAUCUGGAAUACUUUCAGCGGCAUCAUCAGGGAGGCCGAAACGCGGUUUGCUGAUAGAGCUAAGAGCUUCGAGGCAAGCCCCGAGGAGGUUGAGGUGGGCCUCUGGCGACUCCGGCGCAAGAGCUGGGUGGCGCUCAGGGAGAAGAUUGAGGAGGAGAUGAUGGAGAGCAACAUUCUCAUGAAGCUCCGCGAGAACUUCGAGGAUAAAUUCCGGUACGAUGAAGAGGGCGUCCCCCGCAUCUGGCGUCCGACCGACGACAUCGAAGGAAUCUACACCCGCGCCCGCGAAUCCACGUUGGGCUUGAUCCCGCUGUUGGCGAGGUUCAGGUUGGCAGAGACGUACGCUCCGCCGGACUUGCCAACUUUCGUUGGCCCCCAGCCUGCCGGUGCCGAGCCUGAGGACGAAGAAGACCUAGCGCCUAUCGGCGGUGUGGAUGAGGAGGAGGGCAAGAGCCUCGAGGAGGAGAUGACGGUGCUGAGCGAAAGCAAGCGCCAGGACCUCGUGGUCCGGUUCAAAAAGAUGGCCGACGGGGUGUACGUGGAGGCCAAGCGGAGCGCCAUCGGGGGCAUUACCCAGGUGCCGCUCUACUUUUAUAUCGUCCUCCUGAUCUUUGGGUGGAAUGAGAUCGUCAUGGGUAGGUCUUCCGUCAUGCUUGACUCAGGAGCAGUUUACUAA